AUGUGAGUGCUGCCUGCAUAGCUGUAAGUGAGAAGUUCAAAUCCACGGCAACCUGUAGCUAUAGGCAGCAAUGGAGGGUAGAAACGGGGGUGUUCAACUCAACAGGAGCAAGUGACCGUGUUCAUCGUUGCCGGUUGUAUCACAAGGAACGAAUCAGUUAGAAGUAUGGCUUCACAGGCAAAUUCGACCACCCCAAGUAAAGCUGGAUGCAAUCAGAAGAAGUGGACGGAAGAUGAAAUAACGGAAUUCAGCGACAAUACUCCAAGGGUACAGCCACCCACGGAGUCUCUGGAAGCGGUCGGAGCUUGUGGAACCAGCGUUUCUCACGAGAGGUUCCUGGCGGACCAGGGAAUCCACGAUGGAAGCGACUCAGACGAGGAGAAGGAGGAUGAGGGGGAUGGUAUAUGGUCUAGUAUACGAGGGAAGUUCCACAAUUCGUUCAAAGAUAACACCGAGGCCCUGCGGCAGACCAAGGACGGAUGCCAAAUGUACCUCAUGUCCAAUCUUAAGCAGCAGGCAAUUAAGUGGAAUGAUGCGCUGAGAAAUAUGCACGAAAAACUGACGAGGAAAAAGUGAGUGAAUCUGAUGUGGGAAAACAUAAAAAACCUGAUGGAUAACUGUUGUUCGAAAUGUGAGGCGGGAAAUUGAAAUGUGAAGCUAAUUCUGUAAUAAGGAUACUUUACAAUGGAACAAUUACAUUUGAUGAGUGUUAGCUAUCUGAUAAAAGGAACAAAAUUUAGGGCAAGGCAGAGUUGUUGUUUUUACUCAUUUAAUCUAUUGGGUGCUGUACCUGGCUUUAAAAAUCAUCUUAGAAGAGGAAACAUUUUCUUUACAAAAUUUGUAUGUAUUAUAUGUACCUGAAAUACAUAAAAACUGAUUAAAAACAAAGUUAUUAUUUGCGGUCGUCGUUGUUCGUCCAUAUUGUAGCUUUAGGUGUGUCUAUUCCACAAAAUAUAGCAAUGGAAAUUUACUUGACUUGGUAUUGGCUUAUAAAAGAUGGUAUUGAGCGUUGUUAUUCGUGUUUUCCAAAAGGUGUGAGAUAAAUUUCAAGCGCUCAAAGAGAUCAUGAAGGCUAUCGAGGUUUUCACUCAAGGGCUACGAAGUCGUGCCCUAGAUAACAUUGAAAACGUU